CAACACAGAGGAAGAAGAUGAAGACGUGGUGUCUUUAUGUGCUGAUCUGUGUAGCUCCAUAUACAACUAAAGGGUUAGAAGUAACAUUAGCUGGUUUGCCUGCCAAUGGGUACGUCAUGAAUCCUGAGGGCGGCAACCCACAACCACUAAACCUUGUGUGCAGUUACACAGUGGAUCCCGGAGAGACGGCGUCGUAUGUGGGUUUUUUCAGAGAUGGAACUGACACAGCAAACCAAAUAGUAGCUAUACAGGUAUCUGAUGGAACUCCCAGGAAAUUCAACAGCUAUACCUAUAGAGCUGAUGUGACGGCUUCAGGCUCUGAUCCUUCAUUCACGUUAACAAUCGGUGGAGUCACCAUGGCAGAUGAGGGGAGCUAUAGAUGUCGUGUUAACACUGAAUUCAAUGUAGCCACCGUGACAACUGACGAGCAAAUCCUUAGUUUACUCUAUCGACCAAACCCACCCCAGAUUACACGAGGACCUGAAGUCGCUACAGGCACCUACCGGGUAUCUUGUUCCUCUGAUGGCGGCAGACCAGCACCCGAGAUAAAAUGGUCAAGAUGA